AUGAAAGCAUUUUCUGUUUUAAAAGUUAAAAAAUUUUUUUCUGUCACUUUGACUCACGAUCCAUCGGAUUCUCCGGACCCUCGUUAUCAAGCAAUGGCCAGAUCAACACCUUUGGAAAAGACAAAACCAACACAUAGAAUAACACAGUCUCUUAGGGCUAAUUCUAAAUAUAAACUUUCCCCUUUGUUGAUAAACAAAAGGUGCCAAUUUUUGAAAAAAAGUUGGAUUAAAGCAAAAAGAAACCUGGAGUACACGGGUAAGCAGAAAAUUUCACAAUCAUCUCUUAACAAAUGCUUAAAAAGCGGAGAGCUUUGUAGUAAACUUGGGUGCAAAUUAAAAGUCUAUACUUCCCAAUGCGCAUGGAAAACUGUACCGAAAUACUCGAAACAAGGCGAAUUAUUUCAAAAAAUUUAUUUGUUUAAAACGGAAAAUAUUUUAAAGUUCGCUCUUUAUGGAUUCAUAAAUUUGCGUCUACAUAUAUAUAUAUUACUUAUUCCAAUUCAUGGUGGCAAGAAUUUAACAACUCAGUCCUCUUUGACCAAACUUAAAACAACGGAACUACAAAUUAGUAUCAUUAAUUCUUUUAGCAGACAGCAAAUUUCUCAAUCACCUAAAAAUUGCCCCAAUUUUACUAACAUUUAA